AUGAGCUAUCCAAAUUACUACAAUUUAGAUUUCAUAGAAUCAAAUUCAAAUAGUCCCUAUAAUAAUCCAUCUCAAAAUGUAUCAUUAGUAUCAAUACCUCCUGUCCAAAAUGAAAAUGGGUCACGAAGUUUUACUCCAGAGCCAAAUGUUUUACCAUCUUCAUCAGUAUCAUCAUCAAAUGUUGAAAUGUCAACUUCAUCAAAUAAUAAUAAUAAUAAUAAAAAACGGCAAGUUCCAGUCACUAAUAAACAUACUCAACCUCAAGAUUUAUCAAAAACUAAUAAAAAGAGAAAAUCAAAUGUUAGAGCUUGUGAUGCUUGUGCAGCAAGAAAGAUUAAAUGUGCUGAAAAGAGACCUUGUAAAAAAUGUACUGAAAGUGGUAUUGAAUGUACAUUUAAUAGAGAAAUCAAAAAAUCAGGUCCUAAAACAGUUAGACCCGCCACUAUUCAAAGAAUUAAUACUUAUCAAACUAUAAAUGAUAUAACAAGAGGUAAUGAUAAUAAUGAGAUUGAUCCAAUUAAUGAUAAUCAAUCAAAUGAUAUUAAAAUUGAAAAUAGUAGUAUUAAUAGUACUCCUUCCAUAUCCAGUAAUACUACCACAUCUAAUACUGUACCUAAUAUUAAACAUAGGAAUAAAACUAGUAAUGAUAGUGAUAAUAAUCAAUCAAACAAUAGUCCAUUAAAAGAUUCAAUUAUUGAAGUUGAAAAUCCUUCUUUAAAUUCUCAAAUUCAACCAUCAACUCAAUCUACCAGAACUACUACUGUUCAUAACCCUACUAAUAUAACCACAAACAACAAUAACAAUACUGGAACCAACUAUAGACCAACACCAUCAAAUCUUAUUGAAAAUAUUCGAUUAAUAGGAGAAGAACCAAUCAUUAGAGAAUUAGUUCAACCAUUGACGGUUCAAUCUCUUAUAUUAAAUUAUGGUAAAUUAAUUGAUUUUUUAAAUGCUAAUUUUGCAAAUUAUUUUAAUUCACCCAUAAAUCCUAUGAAUGAAGAAAUUAAUCUUACUAAUCAUCAUGAUGAUUCAUUAUAUUUAUCUCAAGUUUUAAUUAUCUUGACUAUAAAUUUAAUCAUUGCGGAGAUUUUAAUUAAAUUUAAAAAGAGAAAAUUUAAGAAUUUUAUAAAAUAUCCUAAGAAGAAUUUAGAAACUCGAAAUUUUAAAAAUUUUAAGAAUUUAUGUCAUUUUAAAUGUAUUGAAAUCUUUUCCUAUAUUGAAAUUAAUUUAAUUGUUCCUCCUAUUAUACCUCAAAAUGCAUUUAAAAAUAAUAGUACUACUACUACUAAUAAUAAUAAUAAUAAUGCUGCAUCUUCUACAACUAGUGGUAAUUCAUCAGUUCCUCCCAAUUCCAAUUCAAAUGCUAUUAGUAGUAUCAAUACUGAAAAUAGUGGUGCUAAUAAUCCCAAUACUCAUAAUUUAUUAAAUUUACAUCAAGUAUUUUAUAAUUUAUCUUUGAGUUCAUUACAUCUUUGUAAUUAUUAUCAUACUUUGAAUUUAACCAAUACUUUAAAUGCCAUUCCUAUCGCCCCCAAUGUUAAUCCUAUUAAUGGCAAUACCAAUGUAAGUACUGGUAGUAGUAGUGGUACAGGUUCAGGUGCCGGUACAGGUAUUACAAGUACAGGUAAUUCAAGUUCAGCAUCUCCUAAUAAUACAGUUAAUAUUAAUCAUCAAAUUUAUGCUAAGGAUGGGAAUUAUGGAAAUGAAAUUCAAGAGUAUCAAAAAGUUAUGAAUUUAAAUCGAAGUAUUACUUAUUUUCAAUUAAUUAAUAUUAAGAAUAAUAAUGAUAGUAGUUUAAUUAUUAAAUUAUCGGAAUUAUUUGAAAUGAUAUUUACAUUUGAACGAUAUUAUUUAUUAUUUUCAUCAUUUAAUUAUAAUUUAAAUCGAUUUAGAAAUAAUGAUAUUAUAAUUCAAUUAAAUUCGAAAAAGAUUUUAAAAUAUAAACAAGAGAAUAUUAAUAAUAAUUAUAAUUCCAAUAAAUUAUUUCAAUUAUUGAAUAUUUUAGAUGAAGAUAUUAAUAAGAAUGAAGAUGAUAUGGAAGAUAUUGGUGAAGAGAAUUUUGAAAUCAAUCAUUUUAUUAAACUUUGUAAACAUACCAGUUUUAAUGUGAAAUUAAAAGUGAUUGAAGAUGAUUCCAUAUCGAAAUAUUGGGGAUUAAAACAAAAGAUUAUGAGUUUAAUUCCUAAUGAACGAGAAGUUGAUAUUAAUGAUGAGAAUUUAAAAGUAUUCGAAAUUAUUCGAUAUGGAGUAUUAUUUAAAUUAUUAUUAAUUUAUCCUAUAAGUUUUGAAUCAUUAAGAUUAGAAUUAUAUGAAUUAAUUAAUAACUUGAAUGAAUAUUUAAAACCAUCUGAUUCUGAAAUUUUUAAAUUAAAAAUAUCAAAUUUUCAAUUAUUACCUCAUUUAUUACAUUUAUUAAAAGUGAUAUUAAAAGUUGAAGCAGUUAAAUAUAAAGUAAUUAAUCCAACUACAAAUGAUCUAAAUAAUAAUAAUAAUAAUGGUCAAGAUUUAAAAUUGAAUUCAUUAUUGAUUGAUGAUGAGAUUAAGAUAUUAUAUUUUAGUGAUAAUUUAUCGAAACAUUUUACAUUUUUUAAUAAUAUUAAUAAAUUGAUUAGAUCAGAUGGAUUAUUAAAUAAUUGGUAUUUGAAUUUGAAUGAGAAUAGAAAUCGGUUAAUUAAUUUAAAGAAUGCUCAACAGCAGCUGCAUCAGCAACAACAACAACAACAACAACAACUUCAUGAACAACAACAUCAUCAACAACAACAACAGCAGUCAGUGAGCAAUAUGCCAAUGAAUCAAAAUAUGAGUCCAUCUACUGCACAAUUUGGUGAUGGACGAGAAUUUUCGAUUGAUGAUAUUAUAGCUGAUUUUUCAUCAACUAUGGUUAAUAGUGGUAAUAAUAAUAAUAAUAAUAAUGUUCGACCAAUUAUGGGAUUAAAUCGAUUAUCAACUACUACCACUACUACUACCAAUGGAACUUCAACACCUGAAGAUGAAGAUCAAUUUAUGAUUCAAGCUCAAUAUAAUUCAUUUCUUCAAUCUCCUCAAUUUACUCCAUCAUCAAUCUAUAAUAGUUAUCAACAAGUUCCAAGUCAUUAUCCUCCUGUAAUACCUCCUCCUCAAAUCCCGGUUAAUCAUGUUCAAUCAAGUCGAUUUCAUGUUUCGAGUCGACCUCAUAUGAAUGGAUCCAAUUCAUCAUCAUCGAUUACUGAAUCAUCUACUACAUCAUCGAUUAUAUCAGGAUCAAAUCCAAUGAUUCCCAAUCAUCAAGUUGCAGGAUUAGGAGUACCUGUCCCCCCUGUAUUAACUGCAUUUACUGCUACGGAAGAUACCACUACACCAUUACCAGUUCCUGGAACUGGUAAUCAUCAAAUAUCUCUUCAUAAUAAUAAUAAUAAUAAUAAUAAUUCUAAUAAUAAUGAACCAUUUAUUACGGGAUUAACACCAGCAUCACCGAGUGGAGCAGCUAUAAAAUUAACUAAGAGUGCUACUACUUUAUUACAAAAUUUUGCCUCAUCUAGUAGUUUAUCUAAUUUAUUUGGAUUUGGAAGUGCUGGUAGUCCUACCAAUUCAAGUAAUAAUAAUAAUAAUGGGAAUAGUAGUAAUAAUAAUAAUAAUGGUAGUAGUAGUAGUAAUGGAGAUAUUAAACUUGAAGAGAGUAAUAGUGAUCAAUUUUCAUUUUAG